GUCUGUGGGAAAGUGUGAAGCAGUUGCAUUGAUAACCUGCAGUUGGGAGAGAGAGAGUCUCACUUUGUGGCCGUCCCUGCCUGGUCCUCUUCUCCUCCUGCCCUGAAACCCAGUCUCCCUCACCCAGAGUCUCCCUCACCCAGAGUCUCCCUCACCCAGAGUCUCCCUCACCUGGGCUCCUGUCUGGGACUGCGUCUGGUCGUCCGCUUGCUCACUCGACCCUCCGCUCCUCCACUCCGCUCCUCUUCCCCUCGGUCGUCAUGACGCGCUCACCGCCGUUGUUCCUGCUUCUGCUUGGCCUCAUGGGAGCUCACGCCACCGUGGACGUCCGCACCGCCGCCGCCAUGGCGGCUGGACUGUGCAACACCCGUCCUACAGACCUGGUCUUCAUCGUGGACAGCAGUCGCAGUGUGCGCCCGUCAGAAUUCGAGCAGGUCAAAGUGUUCCUGGCCAAGGUCAUCGAGGGCCUUGAUGUGGGCCCCGAUGCCACCCGGGUGGGAGUGGUCAACUACGCCAGCCGCGUCAAGAACGAGGUCUCUCUGAAGACCCACCGCACCAAGGCAGGCCUGGUGAAGGCUGUGACCAAGAUCGAACCCCUCUCCACUGGAACCAUGACCGGCCUGGCCAUCCAGUUUGCCUUGAACGUCGCCUUCAGUGAGGCUGAAGGGGCGCGGGUGAAAUCCCCAGACAUCAGCAAGGUUGCCAUCAUCGUGACAGACGGCCGCCCCCAGGACAACGUGCGCGAGGUGGCGGUGCGCGCUCGCGAAGCGGGCAUCGAGUUGUUUGCCAUCGGCGUGGGCCGCGUGGACAUGAACACGCUGAAGCAGAUGGCCAGCGAGCCGCUGGACGACCACGUGGACUACGUGGAGAGCUACGGCUUCAUCGAGAAACUCACCAAGAAGUUCCAGGAGGCUUUCUGUGUGUCGGACCUGUGUGCCACUGGAGAUCAUGACUGUGCGCAGGUAUGCAUCAGCAGCCCUGGAUCAUUCAAGUGCGCCUGUAAAGAUGGCUUCACCCUAAUGGCCGAUGGGCGCAGCUGCAGUGCCUGCAGCAACGCUGCCACAGACGUGGUGUUCCUCAUCGACGGCUCCAAGAGCGUGCGGCCAGAGAACUUUGAGCUGGUGAAGAAGUUUAUCAACCAGAUCGUCGACAAACUGGACGUGUCGGAGACCAAGGCCCACGUGGGGCUGGUGCAGUACUCGAGCGCUGUCAAACAGGAGUUCCCCCUCGGUCGCUACAACAACAAGAAGGACCUGAAGGAUGCUGUGAAGAAGAUGGCCUACAUGGAGCGUGGGACCAUGACCGGCCAGGCCCUGCGUUACCUGACCGACAGCAGCUUCACGCCGUCUCAGGGGGCACGGCCCGGGGUCGCCAAGGUGGGCAUUGUCUUCACCGACGGCAGGAGCCAGGACUAUAUCGGAGAAGCCGCCCGCAAGGCCAAGGAAAACGGCUUCAAGAUGUACGCCGUGGGGGUUGGCAAUGCAGUUGAGGAUGAGCUGAGAGAGAUCGCCUCAGACCCCACUGGGGAACACUACUUCUACACCGCCGACUUCAAAGCUAUGACCCAGAUCGCUAAGAAGCUGCAGAUCAACAUCUGUCAAGAGGAAGACCCAUGUGAAUGUGACUCCCUUGUAAAGUUCCAGAAAAAAGUAGAAGAUGCCCUGCAGGUGCUAACGAAAAAACUGGAGACCGUGUCCAAGAAGAUUGCUGCGCUGGAGAACAAAAUCGUCUGAGGACUCACACACAUCCCUCGUCAAUAACGCCCCCCCCCCCCUCUCUCCACCCACACACACAUACACACACACACACACUAUUUACUUCCUGUACAUUACAGAAAA